AUGGACUAUGCUUUAGCUGUUAAUGGCGGCAGGACCUCCUCCAUCCUACCGUACCUAACCCUACACAUGCAACAGCUGGGCAUCACCCUCAAGGAAAUAGCUGUCAUCUCGGCUUUCCUGCCCCUCGCCAAUAUCUUCGGGCCUCCUAUUGCAGGUUUAUUCGCCGACAAAACCGGCAACUACAGACUCGCCGUGUUCCUGAGUCUCCUGCUUUGCCUAGUUUUCCACAUCGCUUUACUUUUCGUUCCUCCGCGCCUCGACUCUGCGCUCACUCUCUCCUGCGGUCCGGAUGGCCACGCGCUCUCCUCGCUCGCCUGCGAUCCCUGUGACCGCCUGAACGCUACUGAGCUGUCCUUGGUGCUUGAGAAUUGCAAGUUCACCUGCGAAUCCCCCCCGCCUUCCGAAUUCUCCCUCUGUCUGCCGAGCGAUCACGAGCCGAGAUGCCGCAGCUUCAACAUCAGUGACCAGAUUAUUAUCAACGGCAGUGUGUCCUCAGUCCAAGAUGGCAAGACGUGCAGCUACACGGAAAUCAUCCACGAAGGAGAGGUAUUCCAGGAAAUGGUCUGCCCCUCCGAGUGCCCCAUCGAGUGCCAAGCGACGGGGUCUUUCGAGUGCCACCGCCCAGACGACGACAGUAAGGGCGACGGGUCCGCUACGUUCUGGAUCUAUUUUGCCUUACGAAUGAUCGCCACGUUUUUCAUGGCGUCGCUUUUCACAAUGAUGGACGCCCUCACCCUGGCAGUGGCGAAGAAGCACGGCGGCGACUAUGGCAAACAACGCUUCUUCUUCAUCGUGGGAUUGGCGACGAUUCCCCUCCUGGCCGGCGCGAUCGUCGACUGGAGGAAGGCGUCGACAGGUGUGGCGGAUUACGGAUCAGCCUUCUACUUAGGAGCCGCUCUGACGCUGGUUUCCGGGCUGCUCGUCAUGAGAUUGCAAUUCCAGGUCGAAGAGAACCAAGAAAAUAUCCUGAAAAACGUCCUGAAGCUGGUGACGAGGAUGGAAAUCAACGUCCACUUCCUGAUGGUGCUUCUCCUGGGCACCAACUGGGGCUUCAUUGAGAGUUUCCUUUUCCUUUACUUGGAUACGCUUGGUGCUCCGACUUUUCUUAUGGGCUUAACUCUCACUGUGGGAUCGUUAGUUGGUUUGCCAGUGAUGUUCAUCGCAGACACCGUGAUUCACAAACUCGGCCGUGCGACUAUAUUUGCCUUGUCCUUCUUUUCGUACUCCGUCAGGCUUAUCGGUUACUCGUACAUCAGCGAUCCGUGGCUCGUGUUCAUUUUCGAGGCGUUUGAGAUCAUUACCUAUCAGCUGAUGUGGGUCGCGGCCAUGACCUCCUGUCCUGUAUUGGCACCUAAGGGGCUUCUUGCAACCAUGACGGCACUCACUGGCACCAUUCACUUCUCUCUCGGACGCGGCUUGGGGUCCCUCAUCGGCGGGUACCUCAUCGCUGCCAUGUCCUUCCCCGCUGCCUUCAGGACCUUCAGCGCCGGCACGUUCGUCUGCGGCGUCCUUUACGUCGUGGUCCACUAUUUCUACUUGCGGAAAAAACUUCCACAGAGAGAGGCUGUCGAGGAGAGAGGCGAACCUCACGAAGAAAUCAACCUCAUGCAAGGACGCCAAGACACGGCUGCAUCUCACCCGAAUGCCCACCGUCCAAAGGAUUCGCAAAUUUAGGCUUGCAAGCGUUAUUCAUGAUUAAUCUCUGAAUAGCACAUACAUAUUGCGCACGAACACACAUGCACACACACACACACACACACACACACACACACACACACACAC